AGUCCUCGUUUGGUUGCUCUCUAGUCCUAAAUAGAUCUGUAGUUUUAAACGCGACAGCAACCAUAAAAUCCUCUGGUUUAGUCGGUCGAUCGGAUCGAGUCGAAUCGAGGAUCUAGGGUUCGAAAAGAAAAUGGCGCAACAACAGUCGUUGAUCUACAGUUUCGUGGCUCGCGGGACGGUGAUUCUCGUGGAGUUCACAGAUUUCAAAGGCAACUUCACGUCAAUCGCUGCGCAGUGCCUCCAGAAGCUCCCGUCUUCCAACAACAAGUUCACCUACAACUGCGACGGUCACACCUUCAACUACCUCGUCGAAGAUGGAUUCACCUAUUGUGUUGUUGCGGUUGAAUCUGCUGGGAGGCAGAUUCCGAUGGCGUUUUUGGAAAGAGUGAAAGAGGAUUUUAACAAGAGAUAUGGUGGAGGGAAGGCUGCUACUGCUCAGGCUAACAGCUUGAAUAAAGAGUUUGGGUCUAAGCUGAAAGAGCACAUGCAGUAUUGUAUGGAUCAUCCUGAUGAGAUUAGCAAGCUUGCUAAGGUGAAGGCUCAAGUGUCUGAAGUUAAGGGUGUUAUGAUGGAAAACAUCGAGAAGGUUCUUGACCGUGGUGAGAAAAUUGAGCUCCUGGUGGACAAAACCGAGAACCUUCGCUCACAGGCACAAGACUUCAGAACAACGGGGACGCAGAUGAGAAGAAAGAUGUGGCUUCAGAACAUGAAGAUAAAACUCAUAGUUCUCGCCAUCAUCAUCGCUCUGAUUCUCAUAAUCGUGCUCUCAGUUUGCCAUGGCUUCAAGUGUUAAAGCCCCAGGAAAAAAUUCAAAACUCUCUUGAGAUCUUUCUCACUCGGUACAUCGUACUACUGCCCUUUUUCCCUUUAUUGUCCUAUCACCAUCAUCAUUCUAAUGUUUCUGCUUGAAUUGUUUUUUGUAUAGAUAGACAUAUAUAUAUGUAAGCUUUCACGUUUGCUAUAUUGCUUGCAUCUGAUGACUUUGAUCCCUAAGAGAUCUAAAACUAUUAAAAUGAUUUUGUGGAC